UCUGUGUUUUGAUGUGUGAUCACCUUCCGUCGUUGCCGAAAAUUGCUGUAAAACAUUGCAAAUUACCCUAGCUUCUCUGAGACUAUAAUGAAUAAGGCUUCUGAUAAAUAUGCGACUGGAAAUUAAGUUUUUGUUAGGUAUGACAGACUGAUGAAAAUAAGAUGAGUACUGAAAAGAAACCAAAGCCUCCCAGGCCACCUGCACCCAACCUGGCUGCAAAGAAGAGCAUCAAGAAACAAGCAUCGUCUGGGUUGUCCUUUAGCUUCAAUGACUUGAAGGCAGUGGACAGCGAUGAAGAAGACAAGAGUUUUGCUCGCUUCACGAAACCUGAACGGGACGAUCCCUUGUCCGACCCGACAAAGAUUAAAGAGAUGAAGCCCCUGACAAAUACUAACCAUGACCUCAAAACCAAAGAGAUGAAACCUUUGACUCAUUCCAACAACGGUGCCACAUCUGGAGAGUUCCGACCUUUGCAGAAGGAAGACAAAGACUCAUCGUUUGAGGACAUCUUUGAUGCUGUCAAUCGUCUCCCAAGUUCUAAGCCGAUAGCCGUGUCAAAACCAGUUACAGAGCAGGUUAAAAAGGUGCAAGAGGAGGUUAAAAGAACAAGAUCAUCGCCUCCAAGAAGUAGUGGCAACACUGAGAACAGGGAAAGUGAUGGCAUUAAAAAUAAACCAAAGCUCCAGAAGGGAGGGUCAGGCAUUUUGAGAGUAGCAACAGAAGUCCUUGAGGAGAAAGAAAAUGAAUCCUACCAGUUGCCAUCAGAUUCACAAGAGGCCCUUGCAGAUCCUCUGAGCUUCCUUGACAAAGUCAUGGAAGACCAACUAGAAAGUAGCUUUGAUGAUGAUGAUAAUGGCCUUGAAAAGGGUGGUCAUGUGAGAAAGAGGAGACAAAGUGGGAAUGGCAAGAAGAAGGUCCUUCAACAGCAGCCACGUACUAAGAGCUUGGAUGCAGAUAUCAAUCAGAGCAGUUCUAAGGUGGAGCACGAGGACUCGAUGGAUAUCAAUCCUUGCUACUUCAAUGUCCCUACCCCAGCAGAGCUCAAGGAUGAACCCACAAGACGACCAGACAGCAUUCCCAACUCUCGAUCAGGUCCAAAGUCUCAAGCCAAAGGGAUAUCUCUCUCUGGUCUUCUAGCCUCCCCAGACAUCACAGAAGAAGACAACGAAAAGCCAAGCACCAAUGUCAACUCAGAUGGCUUCCGGACUCCAGACAUGCCUCCGGAUGACACUGAUUGGGUGACCAUAGAAAAGAAGCCUCAGGCGGGCACAUCUAGCCCUCCUCCGUCAUCCAAUCAGCUCCUGUCGCCAGAAGAAGAGAACAAAACUGUCAAAGCAACUCCUCAAGGCCCCUUCCCAUACUUGCCCUUCUACACCCUCUAUACCCUAACAUUCCUAACCUUUCUGUACUUCAUGUUCCCUCUGCCGACCUACAUCACUGGCUUCCUAACCGGUCUCCUGUGUUCCUUCUACCUUGUGCUGUUCUUGAUCUGGAUGAACCUGCCACCGACGGACAAGUCUUUCAAGGAGACGGAGGGUACUGGUGGGGGCCCUCCUCUUGUCAUCCCAGGGCCUCGCCUGACCGCAUCUAAGAUCAGGUCCAAAGAACAAGAGAAAGUCACCUUGAAGAAUGCCCAGGAUUGUUAUCAUUAUGUUGAGCAUCCGACCAUUGAAGAGGGCUGGAUGAAUGAGUUAACCACACCUUAUGAUCCUGAAACCUACCACGUCAAUCAAACACAUUCCAUCUAUGUGCGCCUCGAAGGCCACAGCCUGAGACUGUCCAAACCAAAGCAGAAUAUAGCCCGUAGGUCCAUGUUUGACGAGCCUACACCCCGUCCAGAGUUCAUUCACCAACGUAUCUACGACAUACGGGGUAGCCACGUGUACCUCCAACCUGAGGGUCUCGUGAAGAAGCGCUUAUGGAGUAAGAAAUACCCGCUAUUCAUAGAGUUACCAAAGAAAGGGAUUUCAGUUGAGAAGAAGGACGUCUCGCCUCCGGACGAUGAAGCAGCUCAGGGUUUGGGCUUUGAUGUCAUCAAGAAAGACGAAUGCGACGACAAGGUCUUGGUGUUGUUUGCAAGGACAGGUCGCGAGAAAGAAGAAUGGUUUUGGAAGUUUGAAGCGGCGUCGCUCGCCACCAAGGUCCGUCCAAUCCAAACGCUCCACAAGAAGGUGUUUCUCAUUGGGAACGACAUCAUCGGGGAAGACGGCAACCCCAUGUACAGGGUGGACCCUGACGACAUGACGUCCCGCAAGUCCAUGGUGGACUUCUACAAGUUCCUUGCCAAGGUGAUGCCCAAGGAGAAGGAUGUCAAGGAGCUCCUCGUCCAGGACGUGAAGGCCAAGGCUGGGGGUGUGACCUACGCCAGCCCUGGUCGUCGACCAGGGAAGAGCGGAUCAGAGCGGGAGAUGAGUAGCAUACCCGGUGCAAUCAGCAACGAUGCUCCGGUAGCUUGGGUCAAUGCUUUUAUAGGAAGGUUCUUCUGGGACUUCUUGAGAGAACAACAGUGGGCGGACCUCAUCCAGACCAAACUACAAAAGAAGCUUUCCAAGUUAAAGAUACCCCACUUCAUGGAGGCCCUGACCAUCACCGGGACGGACCUGGGCCUCAAUGCUCCCACGAUACGCAAGGCAUCCAAGCCCACGGUGGACUCGAGGGGCAUGUGGGUGGAUCUGGAGAUGCACUACGGCGGCUCCUGCUGGAUGACACUCUCCACCAAGUUCAACCUGUGGAAGCUGGGCAAGGACACCCGCAUGGAGAGGGAGAUGGAGGACCUCAUGUCCGGCAAGAAGGAGGGCAUCGAGAAGCUGGAAAGCACUACAAUGUACUCCAGCAAAACAGGCAGUGCUGCCAUUUCUAACAAAAAGCACGCUUUAGACAAAUCCAGUGUGUACAGCGCUGGUUACCCAUCCCCUACUUCUACUGUACGUAGUAAAGACAGGAGGCAGAUGUCUGCUGCCCUCGACAGUGAAGAGGAGGACAGUGCGGAGUCUUCGGACGAUGAGGUCGCGGAGGAGACAAACAGUACUACUAGCAGCAAUGAUGCAGGACUCGCAGAAGACGGAACUCGUAGCUCCAGCAAGAUCCUGAGGUUUGUGAACAAGGUUGCCAACUCCAACUACUUCCAGAGGGCCACGCAGAAUAAGUACGUCAAGCGAGCCUUCAAUGAAGUAUCCAACACCGCAGUGGAGCUCACCGUAGAGGUGAAGGAACUGAGAGGAGUGCUGACUGUGAACAUUCCACCACCGCCAUCUGAUAGAGUAUGGUAUGGAUUCCGUGGGAAGCCGCACCUGUGGUUGUCAGCCAAGCCUAAGCUAGGGACGAGACAGGUCACCAUCACACACAUCACCGAGUACAUCGAGAAGAAACUGGAGAAAGAGUUUCAGAGAGUCUUUGUGCUGCCCAACAUGGACGACAUACCCAUGCCAAUCAUGAACUUUGACGUUGAGGAGCAUCGCUUUGCCAGAUGAUGAAUCACCCAGCCUCAGCCCCCUUGGACUCCCCCUGCCCCUGCCCCGCAUCGUAGGGUCAGUAUGUCCCUCUCCAUCUCCCAGCCCCCAUUGGUCAACGUUUCCGGCCAGCAGAUGGACGCAUCAUAUUGUGACAAAAGUCAACUGCAGCAGUGUGCUUGUUCCAUUCUGCCAACCGAGGCGUACGUAGGGUUAAACCCCCUCCAGCUUGGACCAUCCCAGUAUAGCUUCCCGAAUGAGCUGCCAAAGGGAUUUAACUCACCCAAGUACCAAGGACGCACACCAAAUCAUCAGCUGAGAGCCAGAAGGGCGUUUAGUGCUAUCCUUGGACACAGUAAAUGCCUUUUUUGCUCCCAAUGAAUAAAAAAUGCCGUGUGUCAUUUUAGUUUUGAAGGGAUUAAGAAGAGGGCAAUCAGCUUGUACAGCAGAAAUGGAGGAAAUAAUGAUUAUUGUUACAUCUAUGCUACGAAGUGUCCACCUUAAAGCCUGUCUGUACUAGUUUGGCCAGGGGAGAUUAGACCUCCCUGCAAGGUCACUGACAGCGGUUAUC